AUGUUGUCAUUAGCAUUUCUCUCUAUUUCUCAACAAAAUCUCUAUACUACUAAUGAUCAGCAGAUUGUUUUUGCUGAGUGUGCAACUAUUUUACCUAUAAAUCAGACAAUAAACAUGCUUUCUGUUGAUUCUCAAAAGUCAAUCUGUGUUAAAGGUAGUUUUCUUCUUGGAGCCGAAUUAUCUUAUUCUUUAACAUCAGCACUUCCAACUAAAAAUGGAUGGAAUAUUUCACAUUCAAAUUCACACGGAAUUGGAACAGUAUCAAAGAAUGGUGAUGUCAUUACAAAAAUAAAAUGCGAGUCUAAAAAGAAAGCAUGCAGAUUUCAAUUACUUCCAAUAUUCCCAUCAAAAAAUAUCAUUAAAGAUAAAAAUGGAACCAAACUGACAAUCAUUCAAAAAUCAUUCAUAUCAACAGUUACAAAUAACAAAUUAACUCUUAUUAAUCAGAAAACUUCUUCCGAAAAUGAAAUUACAGUUAGAAAAACAUUUGCAACUAUUGCUAGCAAAAAUGUUUUGGAAUUUUCAUACAAAAAGAAUAAAGGAGAUAUUAUUAACUCUACAUUAACAUCUAACAGCUUAGAACAAGAUUCAGAAUCAGGUGCUAUUGGAAAAUCAGAUGUGGCACUUUUCUUCCCAACAAUGAAAGAAGAUAACUUUAAUAAUAAAGUUGAAUUAUCAAUCGAAAAAGCAUCAAAUAAAAAUGAUGUAUGGCUUUUACCUGAAAUAAACGCCACUGUUCCAACUAUGGAUGGAAUAAUCACGCAUUCUGAUCUUGUUAAAAGACCUAUUAUUAGUGAAUAUGAGUUAUUUGUUCUCGUAAUAUCAUUAAUUGGAUUUUCAAUUAUCAUUGUUUAUUCAGUUUUCUUCAUAAUGCGUAAGAGAAAAAUGAGAAGAUCCAUAAAUUCAUCAAAUGAAGUAAAUACAGAAUCAUUAUUGUAA